AUGACAUUCCGCGAGUGGCCGAAGCACUACGACGGUUAUGGACCUUUUGGUGAAGAGAAGCGCGAUUACAGUGAUCGCUCCGACUUCCACGGUCUGAGUUUGUCAGGACGUUCCAUUCUUCCCACCGCUCGCGGCUUCAUGGCAAUGCAGGAUCGAGUGAGACACCACCCUUCCGUUCCAACGUUUUGUAAGGUCGCCGUGCAAACUCUUAAUGCAAAGAAGCGUGGAGACCUUUUGUCCCAUUCGGACGCAGCAUGCGCACGCGCUGCUGAAGAAUAUGAUCUAUCACAAACCCACGAACUAUCUCAAUGCGCCUGUAGGUCGGUAUGUUCCACCAACGGCAGACGAAAUGCGGCCGAUGCACAUGUUUUUAGAUUUACCGCCGGUGUCACCCUUGACAUUACUUACGGCAUUACAGUCGAGUCGGACCAAGAUGCCUCCAUUGAGCUCUCGCAUAGAAUCCCGAAGGUGCUUGCUCAAUACGCUGACGGCCUUCCCGCUCCUUGACUUGUCACUGGACAGAUAAUAAUUACCUUACGAUG